AUGUCAAAAUAUACAGCUGAUGAGAUUUUGUACAUGCAAAUACAAGAAGAAAUUGCAAAAGAACAUAAUGAAUUACGUCGUCUUUUACGACUUCUUGUGCAUGUACGAUCUUUAGGUAAUGCAACUAAUGAUAUCGUUGCCGAUAUUGAACAAACAAAAGAAAAUUUAUAUGAUUUACAUAUGGCAAAAAAAAAUCAAGUUCAAAAUAUGUCUGAAGCACAAGAAAAUUAA